AUGUCGCAGGGUGGAAUGGGACCAGUUAAGAGAUGGGAUGCACAAAAAUCGUACCCAGCUAUUUACGGCAUAACAAAACUUAUGAAUGUCACCUUCGAUUCAUUCCGGACGGGAUGCAAUGGUAAACGAGAUUCAGCAAUGAUGACGAACCCUGUUGUAGGGGAUAUUACGCAUCCAAUUACAAUGGAAGGAAUAAUUAAAUCAAACAUGGAUAAUGAAUCAAUGCUCUUCUACACAGUGCCGACUACUCGGUAAGUCGUUAAAACAUGCUUUGGGGAUGUUUUUAAUAAUCUGCCAACAGUUUUAUUGCCAACAUUUGCAGUGAAGAGAAUCAGUAUUAAGGCUAAUACAAUAUCCCCUAAAACUACCUAACUUUUUAAAAUUUCUAUAAGCUACAGUACCCCUUGUUUAAGGUAAAACCCCACCCAGCCACCCACAUCUCUCACCCAAUUGGAUUUGUUUAAAAGCACAUAUUAAUAAUAUAAGUAAUACAAUAUGUAUUUAUUUUGAACUGAAAUACAAAAGUAUUUUAAAACAUGUUAAAAAACUCAUUAAUAAUUCAUGAGUAGAAUGCAAAAGAAAUCACUGCCGUGUCGGUGGUUUUAUUAUAUGUGAUAAAAAAUCAUGUUCAUUUACAUAAACUUUAGCUUUGAUUUUCUCGGCUUAGAUAACGUUUAGUUAAUUAAAUACUCAUUAAUAAUUCAUGAAAAUUCAAAAGAAAUGAAUGUUUAAUCAAUGUUUGUAAAUCGGAUAAAGAUUUGUCCGGAUUUACAUAAACUUCAGCUUUAAUUUUCUCGGCUUAGACAAUGUUUAUUUUUAAAAUUUCUUCGCCAAUGAACUCAUAAGAUGGGUCGUUUUUUAAUUAAGUUAAAACAUUCGCCCAUACUGGAAAGUUCGUAAUUCACACGCCGAAUAUUUCCGCCGACUGUUUUCUACCUUAAUUUUAUACGCCAAAGCGUGUGAUGUUCUUACGCCAAAGACCUAAACGGCUAAACUGACGAAGUCUAUUAAGUCUACGAAUUUAACAAUUAACAUUGUAGCCCCCCCCCCCGAACAAAAUAUGAAAAUACACUACGUAUAGUAGUAUACAUAACAUAAUUAUCUGUAAACUACAAUACAUUGACAAUGUCAAAAGUACAUGAAAUAUAAACCAUGUUCUACAGUUGGAUCAAAGUACAUGCAGUGCUUCCAUUUUCAAAAAACAAUUUCCUUCCAAUCGUUCAAAAUUUCCUUAUUUUUGAAAAAAUUUCCUUGCAAUAAAAAUGAUUGAAUUUUACCUAAUUUAAAACUGAUUUUAUAGUAAUUUCUGUAAUUUAUCUCGAAUAACAGGGUAUUUCUUGUUCUAGAAGAAACAUAGACGUUACAGGGGCUGAUUUAUCAAAGGGGAGAGACAAAGUGUUUACAUAGUACCACCUGAUAGUAACGAUAUGUCUGAUCUUAGAUCCUUUGCUGAUAACCUAUUUCCUAGUUACGACAAGAUUAUUAUUGCCGGGGAUUUUAACCUCCCAAAUAUCUCUUGGACAGAUGGUAACUAUACAUCGUUUGGUUCAUUGAGUCAGAAUUUCUGCGAUAUUUUGGACGAUUACUUCAUGUCGCAACUUUGCCUUACGCCUACGAGAGAAUCAAAUAUUCUGGAUCUACUGAUUACAAACCAACCUGAACAAGUAUCAUUUAUAGACAUCUGCUCUCCAACGGAUUUAGGAAUGUCUUCUGAUCAUAAAAUUAUACAGUUUAAAUUUUUCUUCGCAUCUAAAACCAUUCAAUCUAAUAAACGUUUGGUCUACGAUUACAGACGAGCCAACUUUGACGGCCUGCGAAAACGUUUAAUAGACAUCUUGCAUCAUAUUCGUAAAAAGGUUACUGCCCGUAAGAGAUUCCUUAGCCGUGGAACUGAUUAUCUUAAGGCGAAGUUUAACAAACUGAGAGCUGAAGUUAAAAAAAUGAUUCAAAAUAGCAGAGAGUCAUUUUUCUCGUCAUUAGGAAACACUAUACAAAUCAACCCAAAACGUUUUUGGUCGGUUUUCAAAAUCAAGUCAAGUUCUGGAAAUAUACCCAACUCCGUCACAAGGUCGGAUACCAACAAUCCUGGGACUAGAUUACAUGCUAACACACCACACGACAUUGCAACAAUGUUUAACGAGUACUUUCAUUCUGUCUACACAUGUUUCUCUGACCAACCCCUGCCAUCUCAAUCUGGUUCAUCAUCUCCUUUAUCCAGCAUCUCAUCCAUUGACCUCUCUCUAGAAGAAGUAUAUCAAGCCUUACUGAACUUAGAUCCUUGGCUCAUGGUCCUGACGGGUUUCCUUCCCGCAUUUUAAAGGAAUGUGCCCUCCAAUUAGCACCUUCACUUCAUUACUUGUUUUCAAAGUCACUCCGUUUAUCACAGGUUCCCACCGAAUGGAAAUUAGCUAAUAUAAUUCCUCUACUCAAGAAAGGAAACAAAGAUCACGUUGAAAACUACCGUCCCAUUUCUCUGUUGUGUAUCAUAAGCAAGACUCUUGAACGUUGUGUCCUCAACCAUUUAUCGCACCGUAUACAGUCCAACAUUCAUUCGGCGCAGUAUGGUUUCGUCAACGGAAGAUCAAGUACAGCUCAGUUAUUGUCAAUUUUAAACACUAUUGGGAAAAACUUGGAUCAGGGUUUACAAACUGAUGUUGUUUUCAUGGAUAUUUGUAAGGCCUUCGAUAGCGUUGACCAUUCCAUACUUUUACAAAAACUUCACGAUUUCGGCUUCUCUGGUUCUCUCUUGCUAUGGUUUCAAAACUAUUUAUCAGGUCGCUUCCAACGGGUAACUGUACACGGUGCUACGUCUACGUCUCUGCCAAUCACAUCUGGAGUCCCACAAGGAUCGUUGCUGGGUCCCUUUCUCUUCUCAGUAUACAUCAAUGACUUACCUAACAACAUAUCCACUUCCACUGGGGUCGGUUUGUUUGCUGACGAUACCAAACUUUACAGAUGUGUGCAGAAUCCCUGUGAUGCAUUGGUCUUGCAAGAUGAUAUUCAAGGCCUACUUUGUUGGUCGAUAGAAAACCGGCUACGCUUUAACCAAUCUAAGUGUAAAGUGUUGUCAAUAACCAGAAAGAAAUCGCCUUUAAUUUAUCCCUAUAAGCUUGACAAUGAUCAGUUGUUGGUUUCCAACGCACAGGUUGAUCUGGGUAUCACCAUUAGUCCUAAGCUAUUACGGAACGAUCAA